CGGCCCGCUGCUCCUUAUUUACCCUUCAAACAGGAAAAGCAGCUCUCAGCACAGCUCGUUUACAAAUUUUCCUGUCAAACAUUACUGAAGAGCUGCUUUGGUUGACAUUAGGCUCGUGAACUCUCAGCACCCAUCUCACAAGUGACAAUUCGCCGCAGGGCUCCAGCGUGGUUGCCAGGACAGAGGUUCAACAGACGACAGCAGCCCCGAAUUUCAGAGGGUGACCUGUGACUGUCAGUCCUUCCCAGCCGUGCUGUGUGCCCACCACCAUGCGGGUAACAAGUGUGAUCCGGUCCCUGGUGCUGCUCCUCACCCUGCUGGGCUCCUGGUUCCUCAUGCAGACGUACUUCCAGCACAGCUGGAAAGCCAUCAGCCUGCGGAGCUGGCUCGGUGCCACGAAGAAGCCCAGCAGUGAGAGGCUGCCCCGGCACAAGUGUGGGAACCAGAAGAGCUGCCCCCAGAAUUAUUUUGCCUUCAAGAUCAUCAGUGGUGCUGCAAAUGUGGUGGGACCCUCGAUCUGCUUUGAAGACUCGGUCCUCAUGAGCAGCGUGAAAAACAACAUUGGCAGAGGCCUGAACAUUGCACUGGUGAAUGGAACAACUGGGCAGCUCCUGAAAACUGAUGCCUUCGACAUGUACUCUGGAGACAUUACCAAGCUGCAAACCUUCCUCCAAGGGAUCAAGCGUGGCACCCUUGUGCUGACAGCAAGCUACGACGAUGCUGCCACAAAGAUGAAUGACAAAGUACGGGCAUAUUUCACGGAGCUGGGCAGCAGCCAUGUGGGCAAGCUGGGCUUCCGGGACAACUGGAUCUUCUUGGGAGCAAAGGGGCUGAUGAACAAGAGCCCCUUUGAAAAGCACAUUAAAAAUGAUGGAGAGACAAAUAAAUAUGAGGGCUGGCCUGAGCUGUUGGAGAUGGAGGGCUGUGCCCCCAGGAAGAUGGACUAGCAUGGAACUCCAGCCUGCCAUGGAGGGCAGCUUCACCAGUCACACAGGGACACCAGCCCCAUGGUGGGGACUGCAGCCUCUCCACUGCCAGGUCACAGAGCCCAGCAGCUGCUGCUGCUCAUGGGAACUGGCUGCUUCACAGCAGGAACUGUGCAGGGCUUGCAGAAGAGCUGUACAAGUGCCUGCAGAACUGAGCAGACACGUGGCCAGACUGCAGCCAAGCCAUCCUCAUCUAUGGGUCAAUUUGGGGUAUUUUAUUUUUUCUAUCUUUUAACUAAAAACUUUGUAGAAGGUUUUGUAAAUUUCUUCAAUGAGAUUUCUAAUUACAAAA